AUGCCCCAAUUCAACAUGGCAGCCAUAGCAACCGCCCGUCAACAUUUCUCGCAGGGGGAUUCGGACCCUCCGCUCUCCCCUGCUGACACAGGCGAUGUGGAACAGAGACAGUCCAGACUGAAAGCCACGCAGUUUCUCAAGGAAGCCAAAACCACCAGGAGGCUGGUUGACAAGUUGGAAAAAGACAGGUCACUGAUUUUCCAGUGGAAGAAAAAUGGAUGGACUGACAUGGCAACAGAGCUGGAUGAGUAUGAGAAAGCACUGAUUGAACAGAGAAGUGCAGAAAAGAUGCAACUGCAGAAGCAGCUGGCCAAGAUUAAAGAUGGUGUCAGACAGUUUCAGCAACAACUGAUAGACAUGAAACCAAGUACAGAAUUGAUUGAGAAGCUGAAGGAAAUAAUGGCUGAGGUGGAAUGUUCAAUCAACAAUUUCAAGGAAAAUCAGCGCUUAUGCUUCGGAGAGUUGCUGAAGAAGGAGAGCAUGUCCGCACAGGAGAUGGAGGCCUAUGAGAGGAAGGUCGAAAGUUGGAGUCAGUCCAGCAAGUCAGACUCGAAAGUCUCCCCCGCUUCAUCUGUGAAGCAGAGCAAAGCCUUGGACCAAGACCUCCCCGCCGAGGUGCGAGCACUGGAAGCUUUCCUUCAAAGGACGGGAGGCGUCUGUGGCGGUUGGGAGGAAUUUGAUCACCAGGCCUUCCUCAAGGUGUGGACAAAGUGUGGUGGGCGGGCGGGCUUCAGGAAAGAGGCUAAACUGUAUCUACCCAGUAAGAGUCAGGAGGAAAUGGAGGAACACGAACGCUGGUACCAGGAGCUGAUCCACCUGCAGGACGAGAGGAGAGAGGCCAUCCGAAGGUGGAAAAGCAGGAAGCAACUGGAACGCCAAAGGCACUUGCAGAAGCAGGUGAAAAUGGUGGAAGACGAGAAGAGGAAAAAAGAUGCAAGUGAGGAGGAUGAGAGGUUGUUGGCUCAGCGACUGAAGGCGCGGAAAGAGGCCAAGAGAAGGAAAGAGGAGCAGGCGGGGAAGCAGAGACAAGCACGGGAGAGCCGCAAGAACAGAAUGGCCAAGCAGGAGCGUUCUGGUCAGCGGGAGGCCAAGAUGAGCCCCGGGGAGGAACUGCAAGAGGGGAGAGGAGAGGAAGAGGACCACAGGCGGAAAAAGAGGAAAAAGGCAACAAAAACCAUCAAAUACUUGAUGCAAAGGGAUCUCGCGCGAGUGCACGCCAAACGCCAGGAGAAGCUUCUGAGGCAAAAAGAGGAUGAAGAGCGUCAGGAGAGGAUCAUGGCUAAGAUCAAGGAGAAAGUGGACGGUCACAUAGUCAGAGACCCGUCGAGGUUGACACGGCCCACGAAGGGAUGGGAGGAGCGCCUGAAGAGCAUGAGACCAUCAGGAAGCUUUUCCCAUCUGGAAUCUGGAGCUCUGAAGACUUGAAGCAUUCACACAGCUUUUACAAUGAUUAUUCCUUUCUGUAUUCAGUCAUUAUUCCAAAAUGUUCUUUUUGUGUUUGUCAAUUUGACCUCAUUCAAGUGCAUUGUUUUUUUUUGUCCCGCUGUUGUAUCACAUGACCCAUUGCUGCUUUCAUUUAAUAAUUAAAAAAUGUGUCUCACAAGUGGUUAGCAUGUCUGCGCAGAGCGCAGAUGCGUAUUUGUAACUGAGAAUCACCGCUUGGAAUUGAAGCGAAUUUACAUGGAAUGAGAGAAGUUCACAAAUCUUUUUUUUAAAUCAGUGGACUACAGCUUUGUUACUUUCAAACUUGGCUUGUAGCACAUGUGUGCACAUUUUGAGCAUGACGUUUCUGAUCCACCGGUGAAAGGAUUCUCUUUCAUCUAACUGCUUCAAACAAACUGUAUGCAUGAAUAGUGGUUAACGAUUGCAUGACUGGCCGUGCCUUAUGUUAUGUCCAUCCAUCCAUUUUCCGAUCCGCUUUAUCCUCACAAGGGUUGAGGAAGGUGCUGGAGCCUAUUUCAGCCAUCUUCGGGCAGUAGGCGGGGGACACCCUGAACCGGUUGCCAGCCAAUGUUAUGUGUUAUGAUAUAUUAUUUUGUUAUAGCUGUUGUGAAAGCGAGAUAAAAAUAAAAGAUUGUUUCUCUA